AUGGCCUUUCAGUUGCGUUACCUGUUGACCUCAUGUCUUCUCAUCCGAGCCAGUCUUGCAUCGUUUAAUCUGUAUCCAGGUGUCAGCCCAGAAAAACUAGCUCUGUCGUUGAAUAUCACAUCGGCAUGUGUCCAAGCACUCAAUCAAACGAUCUCAGAAUGCGAUCAAACCCUACUACAAAUGACGCAGUCGCUGGAGAAUUACUGGUGGACUGACGAUAAUCUCACAGCGAUCUGCACCCCCAACGAUACGACAACGUUGACAUGCGCAGAUGCUGUAUCCGAAUGGAACGGAAAUGCUGCCGCUGCAUGCGAUGAGCAGUACUUUGCAGCCUAUGGCCAACUUGUUCCCAUCUGGACUGUGACGGAGCGCUUCGUGGACAGUACCUCUUUUGCCUGUCUUGAGUCCUGGAGUGACAACUUCACAUGGUGUCUGACAGAAUCGCAAGAGUGGGUGGGAGCAGAUGUGCUCCGGGCCGAUUGUGACGUGGAUCCCACUGAUCCGACGUGUUCGGGGAAUGUCACGUCUAUCCCGGAGGAAAGCAUUCGCCUGGCGAACUUUUAUGAGGAUGAUAUUCUGUGCAACAACUGCUUCAUUAACCAGCUCUACGCCCGCGUGACAUCGCAAUUCCUCCCCAACUCGGACCACUCCGACUACCUAGUAGACCAGCUCUAUGAUGUACAAGACGUGUGCAAUAUCACUUUACCUGACUUCACCAUCCGUCUGCCAUACUGGUAUGACACGGCGCCGCCCUUGACAUCGUUAAACCUCGGUUCCAGCACGACGGCAACGGCAACAGCAACGUCCAGUGCGUCUUCCACUACUACUACGUGUUUUGGUCAACUCGUCGGUGGCAGCAGUAGUACCAAGGCGAAGAAGAGUUGGGCUGAGGUCUUCUCGCCAGGUAAUGCAAAAGUGGAGGCAAGGCAGGACGCGGCGACUUGUGAUGACUUGUCGCUGCAGUAUGGAGUGAGCACCGGGGCCUUGCAGUGGUUUUCCGACAGUGAUACUUGUGAUGUUUCCAGUGGUAUCUGUUUGCCCGCAGCUUGUAAUCUGCAACAAGUUGUGGAUGGCGACACUUGCGCAAGUUUAGCAGCCAGUGUCAGAGGUGAUAACUCCACGACCUUGGUCCAGUUCAUGAAGUGGAACCCGUAUGUGCUGGGACUUUGCGAUAGUCUCACUGCGGGGCAGUAUGUCUGUAUCAGCUCCCCUGGAACGAACGGGACUUUUACUUUACCCGAUCCGCCACUGGGUACAGAUGCCGACGCAGGAAAUCAGCAACGAGGCGGAGCAGGAGGUGUUGUAACACCCACGACUACCAUCACCACGACAGCCAACUCUGUUUCUGGAGGCUCUGCACCCAGCCCUACGCAGGAUGGUCUUGUUUCCAAUUGCAACAACUACGCUAGCGCCACAGUAGGCGAAGGCUGUUACGACUUCGCAACCUCUCAUAAUAUUGAGCCCACUCAGCUCUACGCCUGGAACCCCGUCCUAGGGCUCAACGGUAUCGACUGCACCACCGCUCUCUGGGCAAGCGAGUACUACUGCAUCGGCACCCAGAAGUCCACAGCCACAACUCCCAUCACCGCCCCGGGCCCCACGCAGUCGGGCAUCGUGAGCAACUGCAACAAGUACGCCGCUGCCAUCGCAAGUGACGGCUGCGACGUCUUUGCCGCGCGCAACGAGAUCACGAACGCCGAGCUGUACACAUGGAAUCCUAUUUUGGGUGUCAAUGGGGAGAACUGUCUUUCUUCGCUCUGGGCUGACGAGUAUUACUGUGUCGGGGUCGCACCUCUGGUUUCAGGAAGUGUGACGACUACCACGAGCUUGGUUUCAAGCAGUAAGACGACUGCUACGAGCACCACUUCAGUUACGGCGCCUGGACCGACGCAGACCGGCAUUGUGGCGAGUUGUAACAAGUUUGCGGAGGCAACAGGGGGUAUUGGGUGUUAUGACUUUGCUGUUGCCAAUGGUAUCACAACGGCCCAGUUGUAUGCGUGGAAUGCAGUUCUGGGUGAUAAUGGGGAGAACUGCGGCACGCUGUUUUGGGCAGAGGAGUAUUACUGUAUUGGUGUCAGUAGUUAA